AAUAUGCAAAGGUUGAAAAUGCCUAAAUCCAAGUAAGUAUCCAUAUAUUACUUUACAGCAACACAGGUGUACAUAUUGAUAUGUGCAGAUGAAGUUCCUGCCCCAUUGGGCUUGAAGUCUCAAGUUAGCUUUAAGACAUACUAGCAUAGUUUGCUACCGCCUCUGGAAAAAAACAUAGGUGGGACAGACCUUUGCCUCUUCAGUCUGCUCCUGGUGGUUCCCCUUGUUCCUGGCAGUGUGGCUUCAUUGGAGCUGUGCUUUCCAAGCUGACUUUCGGGGUAGGUUUGAGAGGGCUCAGCAGGGAAAACUGUACAGCCUCCUACUGUAUUUUCCUGGAUUGAGGUGAGAGGAGGGUUUUGGUGGGGGAGGGGCGGCAGCAAAGCCAAUUCCCAAAGGAAGGAAUGUUUGGGCUGCUUUUGGAGGGGUCAGGAAAGUGUAACCUGUGGGAAAUGGUAGGAGACACAACAGUGAAGAGCAUGAAAGCUACUCUGGGAAGGUGGGUUUCCCAGCAGCGGGGUAUACGUGUAGGGCAGUGUUCAUGAGGAGAAAGGUGUUUGAGGGCUGGGGUCCCUGCAGAGGAACGAGCUGGGCUUAGGGUGUUCUAUCUGUUGGUGGAGGAUCCUCCAUAGGGAGGAAGGUGCUGGGGCUGAGUGUCCCUCAGUAGGGUAUUGAUGUGGGCUGCAAUGGGUUAUUUCCAAGGGGUUCUCUGUUCUGUAGCUGGAUUCUGAACCUGUCACAAAGGCCUGACGUGGCUGCGGAAUCUGUGGCUGAAGCAGGUAAAGGCUGCUCUGGGAAGCCACAACCAUGUACAAGAUAAGACACUCUUCACUUCCCACAGACCAGCAGCUCUAUUCCUGGUUCGGUAAUGAGCUGGAUACGACUAACCAGCAAAGAAGAAUGAAGACUUUCUACAGGCUUGCUUUGGAUAUCGUGGUCAUGAACAGGGUGUGCAAGAUAUUCCGGAAGGGACUGAUGGGGUUCAGGGGAUUUCAGUUCAUUGAUAUGACUGCCCAGGAAUCCCUUAUCUUUGGUAUGGAAGAAGACAAGAAAUAUACCAAACUGUCCUUCGACCACAAUGAAUUCAAGAUCAGAAAGGAUCACUUUCCUCUCAGGGCAAUCCAGAUAACCAAGAAGAAACCAGAAUGGAGAACUGAGAAGGAAAUAAAGCUGUUACGAAGCUGGUUGCAGUUUGUGGAAAGCUACCAAAAAUAUAGCCUGAAUCUGCAGCUGCUUCUGGCUAAAGUGAUUCGCUUUGAACGGUUUGGACGCAGGAGAGUCAUCAUAAAGAAGGGGCACUGGGGCAACAGUUUCUACUUCAUCUACUUUGGUACUGUUGCCAUUACUGAAGAUGAGGAUGGAAGCAGUGCCUUUACAGACCCAGAUCCAACUUUGCUUCGGAAAGGUGCUGGAUUUGGAGAAGUUGCUCUUUUAAAGGACAGGCGGAGAAUUGCUACAGUUGUCUGUAUGGAGGAAACAGAACUAUUGGUAGUGGAUAAAGAGGACUUUUUUGCUAAUAAAUUAGAUGAGGAGCUUCAGAAAGAAUUUCAGUAUCGUUUCAGCUUCUUCAAAGGUCUGGAUCUCUUUGCAACAUGGCCUGAUUACUCAGUAGGGAAAAUUGCUAAUUACUGCAAAGCAGAGAAAUUUCACUAUGGACAAGUGGUAGUCCGGGACAUCACGGAGUCAGCCAGCAUAAUAUUCAUUACGCAGGGAAAAUGUGAAAUUUUACGUCUGGUUGAUCUCACCACUUGCUCAUCCUAUCACAAGUGGAUCAGUCAGCAAAUGGAUUUUCCCAAACCCAGUCCUUAUUACUCUAUGGAGACAGGCAUCACAGGCAGAAAAAGAUUCAAUAAUUUUAUGUGGAAGUCCUUUCCUGUGCAGGAUCUGAGUAAUCUGAAAUCACUGUAUGUCCCACCUGUUAAUCAUCAGAAGGAUGAAAUUUUUGAAAGGCAAUACCUGGUUUUAAAUAGGAAAUAUAAAAAUACACACACAAAGCUGGAGAAACGGGAGAGAGGUGACAGUAGAAGAUAUGAUGACUUCAGUGAUGAUGAGAAAGAAGUCAUUCAGAAAGAAAUAUCAGGGUUGUUCCGGAAGAAGCUAACUGUUCUCACACCACAUGGAGAAAUACCCACUGCUUUUGCCACAGCAAUUUACACUAGGGUCAAUGAAGUGCAUAAAGGGGAACUCCUGGGGAUAAGCCAGCAUCUUCUACCUGAAGAUAAGCAAGAUGAUCGGAGCAUGGUUUUGGUCAGUCAGGGAGCUGAGAUCAUUCGGUUGAAAAAGGAGAAAUUUGAGGAAUUAGCAGAUCAUACAACAAUAAUGAAAUUACACAAAUUACAGCCCAAGUAUCCCAGUGACAAUGAGCUGUGUCAAAGCUUUCUGGAACAGAACCACUGGAAAAUAUUCAAGAAAGAUCUGAUAAAUCUUUUCCUGGAGAGAAAACUCACAAUGAUGGCAAGUUCUCAGCAUGUGAAGGCCAAGAAAGAUAUUUAUAGUUCCUGGAGCGUGAAUAAAGCAGGUAUUCUAGACCUGACCACUACCCAUCAUCAUCUUCCAACAGGCACUCAAGGACUACAGCACGGAUACGUCCCUGUCCACAUAGGACAGGGAAAGGAUUCUGAGGGCCUGCCAAAUAUUGAGCUAAGGUUGAUUCAUGGUAUUGCUGUACCACGGCCUAGUUUGAAAGGAUUGUUCUAGUGAGUUUGAGGAAAUCAGGCCGGUGGGUUCAAUAGCAUAGAUGCAGCUUGAGAAGUCCAAAAAUGAAACCGCAAUUUUUUUAUUUGAAUGUUACAAAAAUACUUGAAUUUUAAAUAAAAGUAGUUUUCACCCAAUUUCUAUGCAACAAGUAAAUGUUCCUGCCUGGAUUUCUGCUGUGAACUCUGAAGUAAACUUAUUUUUCACUGUGGUAAUCUAAUUUCUAUUAGCUUUGAGAAGGAAACCUGUUUUCACCAUUUUGUUGUUCUCCGCAAGAUGGAUAUUUUUAUAUAAGGUUAAGAUCUUCUGUUAUUUAUAUUUGAUCCUAAGAUACCUUCACAUUCUAAAAAAUAUAUUUAAUACAAAUAGAAAUUGAACAAAGAUUUUAACAUGUCUCUGAGUUCAGUUGAUUAGGAAGCCAUGUAAAGUUUAAAGUGUUCAUUGACUACUGCUGUAGUUUUUGUUGUGCUUCAGUAUGUUUGAGAUGCUGAUAAUAUGGCUUAAAGUUUAGACUGUUAAAAUGUGCUUCACACAGUCUUACGUGUUUGAGUUUUCAACACUGCCGAUGAAAUUUUAAAUUAAAGUUUUCAA